AUACCCACCCUUCUCCUCCUCAAACUAACAAUUAGUUCUUCCAUUCUCCCUUCCGUAGCCGUCUCAACCAUGCCUGAACUCCGACGUGGGUUCUCUGGAAACUAUGGUUAUUCAUCAGAUUCCGGCAUCCGGGCUCUGAGAACAGCUCAAAACUACCGGAAUUAUGGGUAUUCUGAUGGUGGUGGUAUUGAAUUUAGACCAAUCACAGAAGGAGAAGAUGAGUCUGGACCACCAUCACCAACACUAUGGAGCUCAAGCCCAUCAAGAAUUCCUGAAGCAGAGGCUUCACUUCUACACCACAGCAGCCUUUCUCCGGCAUCUCGAAAGAAUGCGAUCGCCAAAGGCAGAAAGGAGAUCAUGGAGAUGAUUCGAAACGUACCUGAAACUUCUUAUGAUCUCUCCUUGAGAGAUCUUGUGGAGAAGGCACAUGUUCAGAUUAGUACAGAUAAGAAAAGUAAUGAUCCAAAGAUGCAGAGUGAGAAGGGGAAAAGGAAGAAGAGUCAGGAAAGAAAUAAGAGGCAGAUGGGGAGAAGUGUAAGCAUGGAAACUGAACCUGUCUUGCUUAAGAUGUUCUUCCCAACUUCUUUGGGACUGAAAAAGAAGAGCUUGUCAAUGGAUACUGGUUCUAAAACCCCACCCAGAUCUCCAAAGUUGGAGCGACAAGAGAAAAGUAUAGAUAAAGAGUGGUGGAAAAAAAGAUACUCAUUUGCAGGGGAUAGUGAUACGGUUGUAAAAAGUAGCAAUAACAUUGGAAGCAUUGGUAGCAGUGGUAGCAGCAGCAGUGGAAGUAGCAGAAGAAGAAGCAAAAUUGGUCGCUUAGCUGAAUGCUGGUCUUGCUUCCAAAGCAAAGACAAAACCUUGUAACAGAAAGGCUCCCUCUUUUGAAUGGGUCACCAACCAGAAUGGUUUAUGUAAUUAUCUUCCUAAUAGUACUUACAACAGCAGAUCAGAGGUCUUCACUUGUCACUGUUUCAGUUAGUUUUCUUUAAUUAUCUCAGCCUCCUUUUCCCACUAUCUGGUGAGAGAUGAGUGGUGGUUUGACCAUUACAGAUGAUCUCGAUUUACAUCAUAAGUAUGGGUCAGCCUGCACAGUGGAGAGAUCUUAUAACCAUCAAGGUCUGAAGAAAAUGGAGAAACAUAAUUGGGGAUCAUGGAGCCUGAGAUUACUCAAAAUAUUGCAACUGCUAUUCCCUGUGAGAAGUCAAGACUCAAGAAUUUCCAGGAUUGGUCAACCUGAUUUAAGUAGUACCAAGAAGGCUUGAAAUUGAAAAGGAGUUCCCCGGAGCUGAUGGGAUCGACUAGUCAAUCUGAAUUUGUAGUUAUCAAUGGCAUCUCACCACAUUUUGAUCUCUUUUUCUUCCUUCCAUGGGAGCCUAUCCUUCUGAAUUUGUAAUAAUCAAGAAAAUGUUCAGGGGAAGAAAAUGUGGAAGCUUGUCUGUCUGCAACUAUUUCUUGAAAUCAGCCAAAGGGGAGACAGUUUUUAGGGACCACCACUACCAUGGCCAGCUUCAUAUCCAAAAAAAAAGAAGAAGGAUUAACUAGUGACAUGUAAUAGUACUUUAGUCUAUACUUUUUCAGUAUUAUUGAAUAAAAUCAGCUUAUAAAAGAGAGAAAAAGAAUGGAACA